GCUCAGAGUCCAGCUCCAAAAGGGACCCCGGGCCAGAACCAGAGAAAAUCUGGGGGUGGACAGUGUGCCCAUGUGGCCUCUCCGAACCAUCCUCCUGCUGGUGCCACCCUUGGGGAGCCUGGGACCACCCCUCUGCCCACGGGAGUGUUUCUACUUCCUCAUUGCCAUCAUGAAGAUGCUGGGGAACAAAAAUGAUGGCACUCUCUACACCCUAGAUGAUCUCUCGGUGUGUCCUGCUGAGACUCUAGGCUGCUUCUGGCUGGAGCUGUCUGUGACUGGGUUUGAAGAGGGCCCAUCCGUGGGGACUGCCAUGUUCCGGCUACAGCGCCUACUGGAUGCCCUGGGGUCCCGGCUGUGGGUAACUGGCCAGGGCCCCUGUCCACCCUGUGAAGGACACCUGCAGAGACCUGUCCCUCUCUUUUUGGCCAAACUCUUGGAGUUAUUACAGGGGGCUUGUGCUCGGCAUCUGCCCUCAGCAUGAGACUGGGAGGACACAGACUCUCUGGUACUCCUGGAGAGGCUGAGUGGAGAGAUGGAGAGGAGACCUGGUCUCCAGCCCCA